AUGAGUGCGUCAGAAGCUGCUGCGGAUAGGCUUGUCCGUUGCCUCUCCGACUUGGUACCAUCCUUGCUCAACACCUUGACCAUCCUUCGAGGCGCGCAACCGCAACAGCUCCUUCUCCGUUUUGAUCACGUUCAGGAAGCCCUCGGGCCCAUUUUGGGCUCACCAGAUAUCAAGGCAGCUUUCUGCGCCAUAGAAGAUCCUUCUGCCGUCGACAAGGAUGGCCCCGAGGUCCGUCUACGUAACCUGUGUCUCGAGAUUAGCAACAACGAGCUUCGUAAAGUCGUGCUGGAGGAUGCGUCAGGUCUCGACGCUUCGCAAGGAGAUACAACUGGCCUUGAAGCCCUGAACUCUUCGUUUCCAUCGACCUUCGACCGUUGUGACGCCAUUCUCGUCCUUUCACUCUACGAUCUCAUCGACCCGACACUACCUCUGUCGUUAGUUGAAGAGCUCAUCGAAGGUCAACCCAUCUCAAUAUGCUCACAACUGUUUGGCUACAUAGAGUCUCGGGUCAAGCCGCUCACCAUUGGUCUGCAUUCAACAAGAGGUAAAGGCCUUGUCUUGCUGCGUACCUGUAACGAACUGCUCCGAAGGCUGUCCAAACCAUCGCAACAGCACACUGUUUUCGCCGGUCGUAUCCUUAGCUUACUCGCCAAAGUUUUCCCUCUCGGUGAGAGGAGCGGUGUCAACUUACGCGGCGACUUCAACGUAGAGAACAAGACUCAUAUCGAGGAGAACGUCGACGACGCUACUGAGGAAGUUGAAGAUGCGGAGGACAAUGACGAGAGGGACCAGAUCUUCAAGGUGGAUUAUGAGUUUUACGAGCUCUUCUGGAAAGUGCAGCGCUUCUUUUCGAAUUCGCCGCUGCUCAUGGGUGCACAUGAGACAUCACGACCAUCAACGCGGAGUGCCACGCCAGCCGAUGCGGGCGGGGGGGAACACACGAAUGCUGACGAAGAUCCAGCGCCGGACGGAGCGAAAGGCGCCAUGGCUGAGUUCCGGAUUAGUACUCAAAAGAUCCUCAAACUCUUUGGUGCGGUAAGCAAACGCGAAAAGGAGCUGGCUGGAGCGGCUAGUGCCGAAGAAGGCAACCAAGCAGGAAGCAAGGGCGGAAGUCAAGCCGUCUCUGGGAGCGCCACUCCGGUUUCGGGCAAAAGGCGUAACGAAGGUGGGAAGGGAGCUCUGCGCACCGGCUUCUUCGUUGGUCAGUUGAUCGGCAACAGCAGCGAGAAUCGACCGAGGAAGCGCAUUCGACCCGAUCUCAUCGACGGUGUCAAAGCCAAAGCUGCUGAAGCCGAUGAAGCUAUGAGCGACGACGAGGACGAUGCCGAACCGGCAGAGGUUGCUACCUCCGGCAGUGGUCACUUCUUCCCAACGUACCUCACAGGUCGCAAGCUGUUCGAGUACGAAAUCCGCGACACAUCGUUCAGAAAGCAUGUAUUGGUGCAAUAUCUGGUUCUUUUCCAGUAUCUGCUCUCGUUCACACCGACCGCCAAGGAAAGCUGGAAAGACUGGAAGAACAAGACUUUGCAAGCGCUCUUCACACUGGAGGAAGCUGACGAGCGAUGGAUUCGGUCCACAUGGCGAGAGAUCCAGGGAUUGAUUCGCGAAAUUCAGCCCGAUGGACGCCUCUUUCUCGAGUCGGUGCUCGAGGUGCUGAAACGUGAGGCCAACUGGAUUCGAUGGAAGACCGAGUCGUGUCCAUCGAUCGAGAAGCCGCCACUGUCUCCGGAGCAGAUCUCCGCAUUCGCAUCUGCGCGGGCCUUGCUGCUUCGCAAGCCAGAGCCAUACCCGCACAAGCUCGGCACAGCCGCGCUCUCCGAGCUUUGGCUAGAUGGCCUCAAACCGCCUGUCGCGGGAACACGCAGAGUCGAAAACGAGAUCGGCGAGUACGUCAGAAUUGCUACCGACGGUCUAGAGGACCUUGAAUUCCUGCCACCUAUACCCAGCCUAGAGCACUACAACAAGUCGAUCCAACGCGAGAAGAUGAAGCUCGACAUGCGAAAGGAACAGCUUGGCAUCGAUCCUGCCACCAAAGAGGCAGAGUUGAGCAAAGAAGAGAAGGACAAGCUGGACAAAGAUGAGAGGAUACAAGCAACGAUCGAGACGAUGCAGAGUCUAGCAUGGAGGGCUCUACGCGUUGCAAGCCGAGAUAAUCUUCAUCUGUUCGGCAAGCCGGAUCGACCCGAGAACAUCGAAGGACUGCUCAAGGCGAUGGAGGAGGAGCGCAAUCCCAAGCCGAAGCCGGUCCCUGUCAGCAAAGAGUCAACGGAUCAAGAGAAUGCAGCAAAGAGGGGUGAAUCGGCGAGCAAACUUGCUGAUGGCGCUGAAGAACAAAAAGAAGCAGGAACUGUUUCGAAGCAGUCUGCCUCAGUGAAUGCAGAGGCAGGUGCCAUUGAUGGAGAUGGAAAGACGAGGGAGCUAGAGGAUUCGAAGAUAGCAUCAUCGGCAACUGCAGUGACAGAAGCUGACAAAAACAAGUCCGCCAGUGGCGCGGCUGAGCCGUUGAGCAAGGACGAUCCGACUGGCGUUCCCGUAGCUAUUCCAGCGAUGCCUCCUUCGCCACAGCCAUCGCAAGCCAAGGAUACUGCGCCGAGCUGA